AUGGACCACACCUUUCAUCUCCACCACCACCACCAGGGCAAGUUGACGGUGAUAUUGGUGGUAAGUCUCAGUCUCAAUGUCAGCGUGUUUUAUCUGACAGCGCCUUCUGAAGAUGCCCGCUAUUCAUCUGUACCACCAGCUCAUGAAGUAGACACCGAAUUCCAUGGCACAGGCAAGAACUUGUACCACAAUUAUCACACUGGUUUGGAUGCUCAACCAUGUGAUGCAAAUGGCCUUUUUUUAGUGCCUGGUACUCCACCACUGCCUUUCACAGAACAGUUACCUGAUGACUGGUCACCAUUCCGCAACCAUACUGAAUUUGAGAUGGCCGAAUUCUUGUACAGCCACGCACAAAUGUCCGUGUCAAAUAUCAACACUCUCCUUGAUCUCUGGGCUGCGUCACUCCUCAAACAUGGCAAUAUGCCGCCUUUUUCAGAUCAUAAGGACCUCUACAAGACAAUUGACAACAUCCCCAUUGUCAAUAAUUCGAAUGUUUGGUAUCGCGACCCUCGUGAAGUUGCACGCAACAUCCUCACUAACCCUGACUAUGUAAAUGACUUUGAUUAUUGUCCUUUCCAUGAAUAUUCAGUCAGUAAAGACGAACACCGUUACCAAGACUUCAUGUCGGGUGACUGGGCCUGGAAGCAAGCGGAUAUCCUUGCUACUGACCCUGACACACUCGGUGCGAUAUUUGUACCCAUAAUACUCGGAAGCGACAAAACAACGGUAUCUGUCGGCACCGGAAACAAUGAGUAUUAUCCAUUGUACCUGUCUAUUGGCAAUCUACGCAACAAUGUUCUACUCACAUCCAUUGUGAGGAAUUGGUGUCCAAGAUGUCUCGCUCCCCAUGGAAAACUGGACGACGAUGAAGCGCUAUGCCGAUGCGAGGCACACAGAGAGGCUCUCUUCGAGGAAGACACAUCUGAUGUCCUGCGGCAUGAUUUUGGUAUUGUGGGGUCUAUUGUGCCUUUUACUAAUGACUUUCCUUGUGCUGACAUUCAUCAACUGAUUGCACCGGAUAUCCUUCACCAAAUCAUCAAAGGCUGCUUCAAGGACCAUCUUGUGACAUGGGUGGAGAAGUACCUCCAUCAUGGUCGUGGAUUCAAACAAUGGACCGGGGAUGACUCUAAGGCACUCAUGAAGAUAUAUCUACCUGCGAUAGAAGGCCACGUACUGACAGACGUCAUCCGCACAUUUCAUGCAUUUUUGGAGUUCUGCUAUCUUGUUCGAAGGAAUGUCAUCAUGGAGAACACGAUCUCACAAAUAGAAGAUGCACUACGUCGCUUUCACCACUAUCACUCAAUAUUUCUUCAGUUAGGUGUUGUCCCUACAUUCUCACUCCCUUGUCAGCACUCAAUGAAGCACUAUCCCGACCUUAUCCAUCUAUUCGGAGCGCCAAAUGGUCUAUAUUUGUCAAUGAUGGAAAAUAAGCAUAUUAAAGCUGUGAAGCAACCAUGGUGUUGGUCAAACAGAUACAAUGCACUUGGACAGAUGCUUGUGACAAAUCAAACCGUAGCAGUGCUCACUAUCGAGCUUUCUAUUCCGAACAUACAAAAUCUUAUUGGUUGCUUUCUCUUUGAGCAACUUCACCCUCAUGACCCUCGUGACCAUGCCACCAUCCCACUCGACAGUUUCCCCGUCUAUGAUGGGAAAAUCUCUGUGGUUAAUUCCACAUCAUCAAGAUUCUAUGCGCCGAGUGACUUAAGUGGGAUCAGAGGGAUGCAAAGGGAACAUAUACAAUCCUGCCCUAACUGGAGGAAUAUAGCACGCGUGCUAUGCUUCUUCUCCUUCAAGUACAAGUUCAUCUUGUAUGAGUGUGCCAUCAUUCAUUGGUUUGAUGUCAUAGGUGAUGCCCCUGAUGAAGACACAGGCAUGUGGGUAGUUCAGCCGUCCUUUGAUGUGAUACACAUUGACACAAUCUAUCGUGCAGCUCAUCUCCUUCCCCUUUACGGUGUUAAUUUCAUCCCUUGUGCUAUUAACUUUUCAAACUCUUUAGAUAAAUUCCGUGCUUUCUAUGUCAACAAAUUCACCAACCAUCAUGCAUUUGAAAUCGCAUUUUAA